CGGCUCUGCUCCGCCCACUGUUGGGACGGUCCCUCCAUGCAGCGUCAACCAAUGAGAACGCAGUGUCAGCCAUGGAACGCGUGUAGUCUCCAUGGAAACACUGGAGCGAAGAGGAGGCGGUUACCUAGCAACCGAGAGAUGCGGAGAGCAACCGCCUAGCGGUUGGAAAGUGCAUUUUUCAGAGUCCUAGGAAUCCGAGCUGACCGAUCACUGACAGGGGCGAUUGACUCCUAGUUGUCCCCCUAACCCCUAGGGGCCUUUGGCCCCGACCCCAUCAUGACGUCCCCCCUGUGCAGGGCGGCCUCUGCCAACGCCUUGCCUCCUCAGGAUCAGGCUUCGACGCCCUCUUCCAAGGUCAAGGGCAGGGAGACUUCGGGCAAACCCAGCCAUCUCCGAGGAAAGGGCACAACCCAGGCUUGGACCCUCGGCCGAUCCAAGGCAGGAUCCUUCCGCAGAGGUUCAGGGAAGUCCUCUAUGCACUCGCAGGUGGCUGAAUUACGUAGAAAGAUACAACUGCUAGAGGGUGACCGGAAGGCUUUUUUUGAGAGCUCACAGUGGAACAUCAAGAAGAACCAGGAGACCAUCAGUCAGCUCCGUGAGGAGACUAAGGCACUGGAACUAAAGCUGCUGGACCUGCUCAAGGGAGAUGAGAAAGUGGUCCAGGCAGUGAUACGAGAAUGGAAGUCGGAGAAGCCAUACCUCAAGAACAGGACAGGCCAGCAGGCUCUGGAGCACCUAGACCACCGGCUGAGCGAGAAGGUGAAGCAGCGGAACGCCCUGCAGCACCAGCUGGUGUUACGGCAGAGGCGGCUGGAGGAGCUCCAGCUACAGCACAGCCUGUGCCACCUGGAGAUGGCAGAGGCGCAAAACAGCCACUCGGAGGUGGCCAAGACCAUGCGGAACCUGGAGAACCGCCUGGAGAAGGCCCGGAUGAAGGCGGAGGAGGCCGAGCACAUUACCAGCGUGUACCUGCAGCUCAAGGCCUAUCUACAGGAUGAGAGCCUCCACUUGGAGAACCGGCUGGACUUCAUGGAGGCUGAGGUGGUGAGGACCAAACACGAGCUGGAGGCACUGCACCUGGUGAACCAAGAGGCCCUCAACGCCCGGGAGAUUGCCAAGAACCAACUGCAGUAUCUGGAGGAGACCUUGGUUCGAGAGCGCAAGAAGCGCGAACGCUACAUAAGUGACUGCAAGAAGCGCGCUGAGGAGAGGAAACUGGAGAACGAGCGCAUGGAGCGCAAGACCCACCGUGAGCACCUGCUGCUGCAGUCUGAAGACACCACCCAAGAUAGCCUGCAUGCCAAGGAGGAGGAGCUGCGGCAGCGCUGGAGCAUGUACCAGAUGGAGGUGAUCUUUGACAAGGUCAAGGACGCCACCGGCACUGCCGAGUCGCACGCGGUGGUGCGGCGGUUCCUGGCCCAGGGAGACACCUUCGCGAAGCUGGAGACGCUCAAAAGCGAGAACGAGCAGACGUUGGUGAGGCUGAAGCAGGAGAAGCAACAGCUGCAGCGGGAGCUGGAAGACCUCAAGUACUCGGGGGAGGCCACAAUGGUGAGCCAGCAGAAACUGCAAGCCGAGGCGCGGGAACGCCUCAAGCAGGAGGAGCGGCGGCACGCCGAGGCCCAGGACCAGCUGGAGCGCACCUUGCGGGCGAUGCAAGUGGCCAAGGACAGCCUGGAGCACCUGGCCAGCAAGCUGAUCCGCAUCACUGUGGAGGACGGUCGCUUCGCGGGAAAGGAGCUGGAUCCCCAGGCAGAUAACUAUCUGCCAAACCUGCUGGGCCUCGUGGAGGAAAAGCUGCUGAAACUGCAGUCGCAGCUCGGGAGCCACGACGUCCAGGAGAUGCUGCGUCACAUCACCAACCGCGAGGUGCCCUGCAGCCAUGGGGCAGGGCUCCAGAGAUCGAGGAGUGGGGCUGGGUCGGAAAACCAGGGAACCGCGGGUAACCUCGGGAGACCAGGGUGCAGGCUGACGAGCCAGGAAGGGGUCUCGGGGAGAACGAGUGAGGUUUGAGGAGCCACCAAGGAAGAAACCAGAAGAGGUGGCCGGGCGCUGUGACUCACGCCUGUAAUCCCAGCACUCUGGGAGGCCUAGGCGGGUGGAUCAUUUGAGAUCUGGAG